AACCCUCUACCCCGUCCCUCUCUCUGUCUCUCUCUACUUUUCUCUCUCAUGCACAAAUUCCCUGCAUUGCCCUCAGCCGCCUCCCUGCAUUGACGCACCAGUCCAAGUGCGGGAAGCAAGGCAGCUUACUCUUUUUACUCAGAUCACAGCUAGAAAGAGUGUAAUUCAGACGCAGUACGUCAGCUUCUCAAAGGGUUUUUGAAGAGAGAAUGGAGCUUUUGGAAGUCAUUGUCGGACGAAGUUGCAGCAGAAUCAGCUUCUGUUUCAGUGGAUAGUGAUCUUUGUUUUUGUGUGUGAGAGAGAGAGAGAGAGAGAGUUAAAGUGGGAGUAGUUUUGCUUCGUUGAUUUUGGAGGGUUGUGAUCGAUUGGUUUCGGCGUUGGAGGAGAUCGGAGGGAUGGCGAUGGCGGAGAAUGAAGGUGGGCCCGAUAAGAAGGAGGCGGGAAGUGGGCCCAAGUCUCCGUGGAAGAGGCCGGUUGGUGAUGCCAAGGGCGGUAGUGAUGCUCCGGUGAUGGGCGCGGAGUCAUGGCCUGCUCUGUCCGAUGCUCAGCGACCGAAGAAUACGGAUUCUGCUGUGAAGCCGCUGGUGGCGGUGGCCACGGCCGCUGUGGAUGGGGUUGCUCCGCCUCCUCCGCCGCCUUCUGCUGGGGUGCAGGUGGGUCAGAUUUUAGUGCUUGUUACCCGUCGCCCUUUACUAAAUGAACUGGGAUGUGAUUGUUCAUCUACUUAUUUUCAUCACUAUUUCUUUUGUUAUAUUAUGUUUGUAGUGUUAUAAUUGGAAAGAAAGAUUUGUGUGAGUUUUUAUGUGGGUUUUGGUUUGAGAAACUUGGAGCUUUCGCGAGCUUGCUAAGUUUUUCUGAAGCAUUACAUUGGGUUUGUUUAUGUUUCGAAAUAUUUCUAAAUAUUAAUAUUUUGUGAACUUACUACCUUUGGAGGACCUUGGGGAGCCAUUCAUGGACGUUAACUAAAUUUGUCUGUGGAAGCCUCCUUUCUGAUUCUAUAUUCAGUAGCAUUAUUAUUGAAAAAAUCAUCAAUAUAACUAGUUCUGGGGAACAAGUCACGGAUAGUUUUAUUUCUCACUGUGUGAUUGCAAUGGAAGGGACGGUUGAAAAAUGCUGGCAGUUAAGUGGGCGAGAAGAUUUCAGCACCCAGCUUCAUGAUUAUCUUGCAUUCUAUGGGGAGUGCUUAGGUCUGAGUAUCUGGUAACAUAUUUCUAUGGAAGCCCUUGCUUGUUAUAUCAUUUGCAAGUGGAAGAUCAGGAUUGGAAGAUUUGAGUACGAGCAAUCUAGAUGUUGAAGAUUGCUAAGAUGUAUCAAAUUGGAUCAUCUGGGCAACAAAAAUCCCCUAAUCCCUCACACAAGCAUUCACAGUUUCGUCAUCACAAAUCAGGCUCAAAGCGCAAUGGGAAUGUUGCACCCCCUUAUCCUGUACCCUUACCUUAUCAUCAACCACCGGUUCCACCAGUUUUUCAUACUAUGCUUCCUGCACCGCAUAUACCUGUUUCUGGUUAUGCUUACCAGCCUUGCCCUGGACCCUUUCCGGGUGUUGAAACUUCUCUAGUCAAGUCUGGAUGUGAGACACCCAUGCAAACGUUUGUCCCACCUGUUCAUGGCAUGGACACUAGUAGAAGCAUUCAGCCUCAACCACGAGGAGAUCCUAGUGCUUAUGCUGUCAAUUUUCCUAAUAGAAGACCUAAUAUGCAAGAACCUGUUGGUCAUUUUAAUCACGUAUGGCAUCCUCAGAGAGCAUUUAGUUCUGGAAAUAACAUUCAUAUGCCGCAAGGUAUUGGGCCAAGGCCUUUUGUGAGGCCUCCAUUUUUUGGUCCAUCUCCAGGUUUCAUGGUUGGACCAAGCUUUCCUGGUCCUGCAUCUGUAUAUUAUCUUCCUGCUCCUCUGCCUCCAGGUUCUAUAAGGGGACCACAUCCACCCCGGUUCAUUCCGCAGCCUCUUGCUCCAGGACCUCCUAUGCUACAACCGGAGACUGUAGCUCUGAAGGCUAACAUUGUAAAACAAAUUGAAUAUUAUUUCAGUGAUGCAAAUUUGCAGAAUGACCAUUACUUGAUUUCAUUGAUGGAUGACCAUGGAUGGGUACCUAUAUCCAUCAUUGCAGACUUCAAACGGGUCAAGAAAAUGAGUACAGACAUACCACUUAUUCUUGAUGCCCUGCAGAGUUCGAGUACUGUGGAAGUGCAGGUUGACAAGAUACGAAGACGUGAUGAGUGGGCAAAGUGGCUUCCGACUUCUGCUGAGCAUAAAGCUGAGGCUCCCAAGGGUCAGCCUGUGGAUGAGGUUGGCAAUUCUCUUAAGAAUAGCGGGUUCAGUGAUGAUGGUGCAACUGAUCCAUCUGUUGGGAAUGUUGAAUUUUCAUCAAGUAACGGAUAUGUAGCCAAGCACUUCCCAUCAAAAGGAGAUUUUUCUGAAGAACGGCAGAAUAGCACUGAAGAAAAUGCGAGUGAGAAGGUUCUUACUGAUUGUGGAGCACAGACAUCAAAUGAAGGAAAUGGUGUUUUAGCUGUUAGAUUGGUGUCUCAGUUAACCAGAGAGUUCUCUGACAUUGGCACUUCUUGUGACUCUUCGGAAGGAAUUGAGUCAGCAAGAUUCAAUAAACCUCAGAAUGAAAGUUUGCAAAUGCAAUCUGACAUGGCCAUACGGAAUCUAAGUGACCUCUCAAAUGACUUUGCAAGUGCUUUCUUGCUGGAUGAAGAAUUAGAACUGGAGCAGAAAACAGUAAAGAAGGAUCCUUUUUCAAUUAGAAGGAUUGAUGAUGAAGAUGAUGAGGUGGCUGUCAAUGACCAGGAUCUUCAGAGACUUGUAAUUGUUACCCAGAAUAGCAUGAUGGGUGAAGGAUCUAAAACUGGAGGGAAAGAAUCAAAAUUCAUUACCAAGGAGCUUGCCUCUGCAAUAAACGAUGGCCUUUGCUUUUAUGAGCAGGAACUGAGAUCCAGGCGCUCAAGUCGCAGAAAGAAUAACUCAUUUAUUGAUAAUAGAGAUGGAAACCCGAGAUCUUCCCGCAAUGCUGCAGGACUAUCAAAUCAAAAGGCUGGUGAAAAUUCUGCUGGAAACAGCGGAUAUGAGGAGUCUGGGAAUGCUAAUCCUCGAAGGAAGCACAAUAAAACUUUUCCCAAGCAACAGUUGUCCCAUAAGCAGCGUUUGUUUUCUAGCAACUUCAAGAAUUUAGGAAAUGGUCGUAACUCCCUCGGUGUUAUGUCCGAUAGUCCACCAAGUGACUCAGUAGGUUUUUUCUUUGGUUCUACACCACCUGAAAGUCAUGGGCUCUGGCCUUCAAAAUUGAGCGUUUCACCUCAUGGGAUUCUUUCUGGUGGUAGUAGUUCACCCGUGGGUUCCCUGCCAAAAUCAUUUCCACCGUUUCAGCAUCCAAGUCAUCAGCUUUUGGAAGAAAAUGGUUUCAGACAGCAGAAGUAUCUGAAGUAUCACAAGCGGUGCCUAAAUGAACGAAAGAAGUUGGGAAUUGGUUGCAGUGAGGAGAUGAAUACACUUUACAGAUUUUGGUCAUAUUUCCUUAGAGACAUGUUCAUUGCUUCAAUGUAUGAUGAAUUCCGGAAAUUGGCUCUGGAAGAUGCUGCUGCUAAUUAUAAUUAUGGAGUAGAAUGCCUUUUCAGGUUCUAUAGUUAUGGUUUGGAGAAGGAAUUCAGAGAAGAUCUCUAUAAGGAUUUUGAACAGCUGACCCUUGACUUUUACAAUAAGGGGAAUAUUUAUGGCCUUGAAAAAUAUUGGGCAUUUCAUCAUUACCGUGGGGGACAUGACCAAAAACCGCCUUUAAGGAAACAUCCAGAAUUGGAUAGGUUGCUUAGGGAAGAGUACCGUAGCUUGGAUGACUUCCACCGUGCCAGAGACAGAACUACUACCAUUAAAGAAAACAACCAUUAGCCAGCAGUGCCCAUUUUCCCCAGCAGCAAUGAAAUGAUGGAAACCCAAUUUUGAGUGAGAGAAUUCAACAGCUUAAAGGAGAGCUAAAGUAAGCGGCCUAUUUUUGGUUUGGGCGCUGAGUAUGGUUUUUGUAUAUUGUAUAUUACGCACCAAUGAGAACUGCUGACUGGUGAGUUUUUGCCUGCAGUGGUUUCCUUUUUGGCUCUCUUAAGUAUUACCCUUUUCUUUUUUUUUUUUGGAUUGUAAUCUGUACAUAUGGAGGAACCUGCAGAAUUAAACCAUAAGGAAAAAAAAAAGGAAAAAGAAGAAAAGUAGAAAGGAAAAAUAAAAAAAAAAAAAAACUGCAGUUUGGAUUUGUGAAAAUUAAUAAUAAGAUAUUGAAAAUUAUACUUUGAGAA